CUUUAUUGAGAUAUAAUUUGCAUACAACAAAACACGUGGAACUGUACAUUUAAAAUCUGUUUUAUUGUAUGCAAAUUAUACGUCAAUAAAGUUGAUUUUUAAAAAAGCUAUCAUCGAGGUUUGCCAUGAUUUGUUUCCUAUUGCUGGAAUAGUUCAGAGAAGAUCAAGAAAAGUCAGUAGAGCGGGAAAAUGAAGAUGGGUGCGGUGGGCAGGCACAGAAAAUAAAUAACCAUGUGGUCUGGGGGUCAUGGAAAGAUAAAGAACAUAAAUUUAGAAGGCUUGAGACCAUUUCUAUAAGACUUUUUGUCUUUAAAAUUAAAAUGCUGAAUUUAAUCUCGGACCCUGGGAACCCUGCACAUUUUUUUUAAGAGAACACUAAAAUGAAAAAAAAAAACUCCGUUUUGCUCUGCAGGAUCUCCUGGCAGGCUCCAUUUUCCUUCUCAUGUUCUGAUCUAUGUCUGCCCUUUUAUGCUUCAGACACCCGCGUUUGCCACGAUGCUCUCGUCCAGUGACUUUGCGUCUGCUUCUUGGGAGCUCGUGGUCCGAGUUGACCAUCCUAAUGAAGAGGAGCAGAAAGACAUCACAUUGAGAGUGUCCGGAGAUCUGCAUGUCGGGGGAGUGAUGCUCAAGUUGGUAGAACAGAUCAACAUAUCCCAAGACUGGUCAGACUUUGCCCUUUGGUGGGAACAGAAACGUUGCUGGCUUCUGAAAACGCACUGGACUCUGGACAAAUACGGAGUCCAGGCAGAUGCAAAGCUUCUCUUCACCCCUCAGCAUAAAAUGCUUCGCCUCCGCCUGCCGAAUGUGAAGACGGUGAGAUUGCGAGUCAGCUUCUCAGCUGUGGUUUUUAAGGCUGUGAGUGACAUCUGCAGAGCCCUGAAUAUUAGAAGAUCAGAAGAACUUUCCUUGUUAAAGCCUUCUAGUGACUAUUUUAAAAAGAAGAAAAAAAAAGAUAAAAAUAAUAAGGAGCCCAUCAUUGAAGAUAUUUUAAACCUGGAGUGUUCACCAACCAUUUCAGGUUCACCAGUAAGUCCUGGCUUGUACAGUAAAACCAUGACUCCCACGUAUGACCCCGUCAACGGAACGCCCGCUUCGUCCACCAUGACUUGGUUCAGUGACAGCCCUUUGACCGAACAAAACUGUAGCAUCCUCGCCUUCAGCCAACCCCCCCAGUCACCAGAAGCGCUUGCUGAUAUGUACCAGCCUCGGUCUCUGGUUGAUAAAGCGAAGCUUAACGCCGGUUGGCUAGACUCCUCGCGUUCUCUUAUGGAACAAGGCAUCCAGGAGGAUGAGCAGCUGCUGUUACGGUUUAAAUACUACACUUUCUUUGACUUGAAUCCCAAAUAUGAUGCUGUUCGGAUAAACCAACUCUACGAACAAGCCAGGUGGGCCAUCCUCUUGGAAGAAAUUGACUGCACAGAGGAAGAAAUGCUGAUCUUUGCAGCACUGCAGUAUCACAUUAGCAAACUGUCAUUAUCAGCUGAAAUACAGGAUUUUACAAAUGAGUCUGAGGUCGAUGAAGUGGAAGCAGCACUUUCUAAUUUGGAAGUGACCCUAGAAGGUGGAAAAGUGGACAAUGCUUUGGAGGACAUUACUGAUAUUCCCAAACUUGCAGAUAAUCUUAAAUUAUUUAGGCCCAAGAAGCUGGUAUUGAAAGCUUUCAAACAAUAUUGGUUCGUCUUUAAAGACACGUCUAUAGCCUACUUUAAAAAUAAGGAACUUGAACAAGGAGAACCAGUGGAAAAACUAAAUCUUAGAGGCUGUGAAGUGGUGCCAGAUGUAAACGUAGCAGGGAGAAAAUUUGGAAUCAAGUUACUAAUUCCUGUUGCUGAUGGUAUGAAUGAAGUGUAUCUGAGAUGUGACCAUGAGAAUCAGUACGCCCAAUGGAUGGCUGCUUGCAUCUUGGCGUCAAAGGGCAAAACCAUGGCAGACAGCUCUUACCAGCCGGAGGUCCUCAAUAUCCUUUCAUUUCUGAGGAUGAAGAACCGGAACUUGGCAUCUCCUGUGGCUUCCAACCUGGAAAACAUGGACGUGAACCCGGAAUGUUUUGUGUCACCUCGGUGUGCAAAAAAACACAAGUCGAAACAGCUGGCAGCCCGGAUUCUGGAAGCCCACCAGAACGUGGCCCAGAUGCCCCUGGUCGAAGCCAAGCUGCGAUUCAUCCAGGCGUGGCAGUCUCUCCCUGAAUUCGGCCUCACCUACUACCUUGUCAGAUUUAAAGGAAGCAAGAAAGAUGACAUUCUGGGAGUUUCAUACAAUAGGUUGAUUAAAAUCGAUGCAGCCACUGGGAUUCCAAUUACAACAUGGAGAUUCACAAAUAUGAAACAGUGGAACGUAAACUGGGAAAUCCGGCAGGUGGCCAUCGAGUUUGACCAGAACGUCUCCAUUGCGUUCACCUGCCUGAGUGCGGAUUGCAAGAUCGUGCACGAGUACAUCGGUGGCUACAUUUUCUUGUCCACCCGUUCCAAGGACCAGAAUGAAACGCUCGACGAGGACCUGUUCCACAAGUUGACUGGCGGUCAGGAAUGAAGCAAAGCAGGCCUGCUGGGCCUGCACACAAAGGGCGAGGCAGAGGUGGUCCUCCCUGCUUGGUCCACGGGGUCCACGGCUUGCACAGUGUGUAGAUUCCAGACUGACACACAAUGUGUAUUCACCACCGGUCACCCCGAUCCUCGCCUCAUUUCAAACACUGCCUAACACAUCCCUUUCCUUACUUUGCUCUGUGCGAUCAGCCGUGGAAGGGGCCUCCAUUGCCUUUUCUGUAAAGUGGCUGGGUGGGAGAGAGCACAGGGCUCUCAGAUUGCUCUCAGGCCCAGCAUGUAGCUCCAGUUCUUAUAGAACCUGCGCAGGGUAUGGCUAGAAGUUGUCCAUGUGCUUUUCUGCUUUGUAGCUAAGUCAGCGGGGAAGACUGAAAGAUUAAAGGCACAUGUAGCAAGGACACAUCUUAGGCCACAAACUCAGGUAUGAAAAGAAAUGUGUCUUUCCUUAACAGAACUGCUUUUAGUUCUUAUCUUGUGAAAAUGGCAACGGGAGUCCACACAUACACUUUUUUCCCUGGAGGUCACGGUCUAGGGGUGGUACCAGUUGGUGGCAAGGGGUCAGAGCAUUGGCCCUUAAUGUCAUUAGUCCACAAUGACAUCUACUGAGGUGACCAUUGACCAAUGUGAUCUUAGACAUUGGUCCCCUCAGGUUACUGCUGCCACCUCCAAGUCUCAUUCCAUUCCUGGGGAUCUCUCAGCCACAUUUAAGUCCUUCUUGAUGACAUGGGUGACACAGGGGUACAGGGAAACCCAUUCCUCAACUCACUUCCAUGUCUCCACUGCUUCUACUCUGGCUUUGGGUUCAGGAAGCCAGUGUUGAGGCUUCCAGUGAGGUCUCCAUCCCAGCUGGUCAGGGAGAGGAGGGCAGACCCAUUCUCAAAAACCACCAUGUUCAAAGUCCUAUAGCUUCCCCACUGGCUCCUGUCUAUGGGGCCUUUGGCCGGUCAGGGGCUGGGGAAGCCUUGCCCUUAUCAUUCGUCAGUGUUUUGGAUUUGGUGUCUGUUUAUAUAACUCCUUUAGGGCAAAAGCCUUUCAAUUUUGUAAAUCAAAAGCCCAUAAUAGACUUUUUUCCCUCUGCUUUGAGACAUGAGUGUGGGCCAAUUGGCAGCUGCCUCCAUUGUUUUCUGUUUUGGUUUAUCAGCAUCAGAGGAGCAGUUUUGAAAAGGUAAAAAGCAAUAGCAGGGGUAGAGGGAAAUCUCAAAGCAUUUUAUUAUGUUUUAUAAAUGCUCUUCUGUCACACAAGGGGUUCCAUUUCCAUUUUGAAGUUCUUUAAGGAUGAAAACCUCAGGGGGCCUGGCCGGAGGCCAGAUGCCCAAAAACAUUAGCUGUUGCUUUAUUUUCCAACAAAGCCAUCUGAGAAGAGAGAUCUCCACAAUUCCGAGAGCCACAUGGAGACAGCCUUGGCUAGGGAGCCCCGGACCCUGAGCCAGAAGUUGUCGCUGGAAAUUCCUCUUUCAGCCUCUCCUUAGAGGUGAAUGUUGAUGAAGACUCCCCAGGCACUAGCUGAACUUCCGAGGCCUAGCUUAAAGCUCGGAGGUGGCUUAGUUACUCGGAAAAUCUAGUCUAUGUCAUAAAGAGCUUAAUUUGAAAUGUGUUGUAUAGAAACUAGGGCAGAGCGUACCAUGUUAAACUUGGUGUUGGUCAUUCUGCCAUAGUCCUGGGCUCUGUUAUUUUAGAACCUAGUCAGGUCUUUAGGAUUACCUUAGGUCCUACAUUAAAAUAACGCUCCUUGAUGUCACAUUUUCCCUGCCUGCUGCCCCGUGCAGCUCUGCAUGGUUGACCAAAGCUAGACCUUCAGUUCACCCUCUGCCUCAGCUUUUCAGGGCUGUCUGACAUUUCUGUGAAAACGCUCAAAGGAGUCGACUCGUUUUAACCAAAUUUUCGGGGGAACAUUUCUCCCAUGACUACACAGCCGCAUCCCAAAGGAGUAAAGUGGGACAAGAAGACCUGAAAUGCUGCUAUUCCAAAGAGCAACUUAAGGACUUUUUUUUUUACAUUGCAUACAAAAAGUCUUCUACUUCCUGUGAUGGAAUUUUAAAUUAAUAUGUGCCUUUCAGCCUCGUUUGCUUUCUUAUUACACUAGAUUGUAAAUCUGUGUUUGUUAUUUUAUAUGACUUUUUUAAUUAAAAGGUUUAU